GCAGAAAUUAGAUAUCAAGCUUUUUUAUUUAUUAAUAUUUAUGCUCCAUCUAGCCUAGAUGAAAGAACCUCUUUUCUUAGAAACUGGUCCCCUGAUACCUCUAAUAAUGACAUAAGCAUUAUUGCAGGAGACUAG